AUUAGCUGCUGGUUAACUCUCCGUCUGCAACCCAUCAUCAACACAAUCCUGCUCAUCCUUCCAGAUACGAGUACCGAGCCAAUAUGCUGCUGCACAGGUCCCUUCUGGCCCAUUCUUGGCCUUACGGGAAUGGAAUGCGGAGGAUCUCUAACCGGAUCAUGGCUGCCUUGAGACUUUGUUAUUAGUACAUCAUGUCAUCUCUUCCAUUGAGGUUGGGGACAGGUUGGCCCCCUUUUCAGCCCUGCCAAUAUACCCCUCGCUUACACCACCGCCGCAAUGUUCAAGCUCACAGAACGCAGCAUCUUCAGCGCCUUCACGCUGGCGUUGGCGAUGGCACCCCGCCUCGCCUCGGCCAGCGUGGUGAUUCUGCCCGGAGGCAAUCCGCUGCCUCUCCAAGCCAGCGGCGCAACCAACGGGUCGACCUCCUUCGACUCACUGCUGCGCAACAGCGCCGAGCUAGAAUUCCCCAACAGCACCGUGCAUCUCCUCCUAUCCUCCUACAGCGGCACGCUCGAACCACUCGGCGCAGAAACCGCCAACCCAGCCGAGCUGGUCCCCUCAGGCGACUCCUUCGUGCGCGGCGCCAUCCAAGCAUGGGGGGAACACCUGCACUUCGAAAUCCGGCCCGACGAGGUGUGGUUCACCAUCCUAACCCAGCUCAACUUCUACAUGCAGUCCCACGCCGAAGAACUACGCCACCUCUUCGUCACACACUCCGGCCAGGAAGAGAUCUACAUCGAGGACUACACCUGGACCGACGUGCUGUGGCGGUUCAAGGACGAGAUACAAGCCCGCAUCCAAACCCCCUGGCUGCGCGACUGGAUUGUCCCCGACUUCUCCACCACCACCGCCGACGACGUCAUGACGGCCAACAUACUCAUGAUGGGGCUGAUGAAGGCCUAUUUCCGCUACGAGGGGGGCAUCGUCUGCGGCCUGCCCAGUGUGACGCUGCUGGGCGAAAAGCAGGACUGGGAGAACCUCCUCGCGCGGCUUGACAGGCUGGCCGAGUUCGGCGCCGAGCCGGACCAGUACCGCGCAAGGCUGGUCCCGAUCCUCAGCCGGUUUGUGCGCAGCUUCGACGAGCCUGACUCGGAGGCCACUAGGAAGUUUUGGAACCAGAUCGUGUUUGCCAACCACCGCGAUAUCUGCGGGUCCUCGCCGCUUGAGGUGUCGGGUUGGAUUACGGGGUUCAUGUUUUGGGACAACGAAGGCAAGCCGUGGAAGGGGGUCGGGUCCGUGGUGACGCUGGACGGGGUGGGCUACGGCGUGUACGACAUCAGGAGGUUCCCCGCGGGCUAUGCGCGUGCUCCGUUCAUCAUGCGCGACUUUGGGGGCAUGGACAAGUUCCCGGCCUAUGUUGCCGCAGGGACGUUGGGCAAGCGGAUUGUUAAGGGUGCGCCCAAGGGCUACGCUGAGGCUCUGGCUAGGGCAGGCAAGGACACCAGCCUGGCAGCCAAUGCUAGCUCCCAUGGCACAGUGCGUCCUCUGUCGGCUUGGAUGCUGUAUGGCCCCCUCAACCAUAAUGUAACAACGAGGCCUCCGAGGUCUGACUACGACUAUGAACUGUUCUUGAUUGCUGGGAGGGCUCAGAAAAACCUGGAGGCAAGGUGCGGCCGUAAUGAGUAGGAGCCUAGGAAGUAGUCAGGCUUAAGGGGUUUCCUGCAGUGGCUGGUUCUUGAUGUGAGCUGGGUACAUAGGCUCGGAGAAACACUAAUGCUUCUCCUAGCUUAGGACUACGAACAAAACAGGCUGUAUUGCCUCGCUAUCGUCGAUAGUUUAAAUGCUAUCUAACAUCUUGAAUCCAACCUUGAGGACUUCUA